GGUGGGCCCAAAUAGACUCUGGGGUGGAGCAGGGUCAAUAUAUUCACGCUCCAACUUAAUAAAAGAAUCGGCCGGUCGCCGUUCAAAAAACCAUACCCCCUGGAGUCUCUUGAUGUCAAUUGGGCCGCAAGAAUGUUCGGAGUAGGAAGGAAGCCUGGCAAACCUUACUUUCGCUGCCAAGGCUCUCCUUUGUGGGAGUAAAAAAUUUCAAUGGCUGCAGAACUCAUUUUUCUGCCUGGGCUACAGGAGGUCUCGCUGCAAUUUCGGUCGGAGUGGUAAGAGGCGUGAACUGUUCCGGAAAUUGUAACUACACCUGCCUGCAUUGCAGGGCGGAGUCCGCCUGUUCAAGAUAUGUGGACAGUUAUCAAUUCGAGGGAUGAGGCAUCAGAAGCAGCCCACAACAGCAAUGUCCAGCUAUGGACCCUCUACGGGAUUGGCUGUGUGGUGACGCUACUUAGGACAUACUCACAAUGCAAAGACCUGGGCUGGAGAAGAUUGCGCCAUGACGAUUAUCUGAUAUGGGUUGCUAUUGUAUUUUACACUGCGCAAGUGGCAUUGGCGUAUAGUGUCGGAAAUGCAGCCCACGGGCUCGCAAACAACAGCAUGACAGAGGCCCAGAGAGCUGCACUGACUCCAGACAGUACGGAAUAUCGGGAAAGGAUAAUUGGCUCCAAGAUACAGAUAGCCGGUUGGGCCACAUAUACAGCGUUGAUAAGCUCGCUCAAGUUGUCAAUGCUAGUGUUCUAUACCCGACUUAUGGAUGGUCUCGGCCGUCGCUAUCGCGUGCCAAUAUGGAUAGGAUUUGCUCUCGUUAUUGGGAGCUUCAUCGCCUGCAUGAUAACGAUUCUUGCGGCAUGCCGGCCCUUCAACAAGAACUGGCAGAUCUAUCCUGACCCCGGCAAUUCCUGCCAACCUGCCAUUUCCAAGCCGGUGAUCGCCGCAACCUUUGCAGCAAAUCUCGCCACAGAUCCAUAUCUCGUUUUGAUACCAAUUCCCAUGCUUUGGAAAUCCAGCCUAAAGCUCAUGAAAAAGAUUGCGGUGACAAUAGUACUUGGCGCGGGGAUCUUUAUUCUGGUGUGUGCGACAAUCAAGAGUGUUUUUCUGUUGGUGGAACCCAAUAACGGAGCAUCGAUAGCAGACGAAUGGGGCACACGAGAGACAUUUGUCGCCGUGAUCACAACGAAUCUCCCUAUGGUUUUCCACCUGUUCCGAACCUGGCUAGCCCGGGGUUUUGGCAGCGCCUUUCAAUCAUCUCAGCGAACCUACCAGCUCCCGUCAGGAGGAUUCCAGAACACCGGUGGCGGGACGACUCGGAAACGAGGCCGAGGAGGCACCAGCAGCCGGGAUCCGAUCACUGUCGGUCUGACAUUCACCGAGAGUGAAGAACGGAUGAUGCAGGACAUUAAGCUGCAGACGCUGGAACCACACGAAGGACCCACAGCUGGUGCUAUUAUGGUCUCGAAUCAGAUUGAAGUCACCCAUCAGACGCGAAAUAGUCAUGCCAGAGAACCACCUGCACCAGGGGAAGAUAUACAUUGGUAGCAUUCGGACCGUCAACCGAGAAUUCC